CUUGCCUUUUUCAUUAUAUUAGGACUGAACUUGAGAGUCUUGGUGGAUCAUAGAAGAUUGAAAGAUUAAUGGGUGGGAAGAAUCCAGAUCUUAACUGUAGCCCCAUGGUCUGACUGGCUGUGAGCUGAUGCAGGGGAAGAUUGGCUUAAUGCAUUGGAUUUGAAGAGACUUUAGCUCCAACAAGCUGGAAGCUAAGAACGUGAAGAGGAGCCACUUCUGGGUUGUCUUUGUUUCUAUGGGAAGGAGAAUGAACUGCUUAACUACUGAUGCCUGGGAAAUCUAUACUGACUAUUUUGAAUUCAUGGAAGGGAGUGCUUGAAUUAUUUACAUGUAUCUCUGGUAAGAAAAGCAGCAAAAAGAAAGAAAUGAGUCGUCAGACUGCAGCAGCUCUCCCAACAGGUGCUUCAAAGUGUCCACCAUCUCAGAGGGUGCCUGCACUUACAGGAUCUACAACAUCCAACAAUGACUUGGCCAGUCUUUUUGAGUGCCCGGUUUGCUUUGAUUAUGUGCUGCCACCUAUCUUGCAGUGCCAGAGUGGCCAUUUGGUCUGUAGCAACUGUCGUCCUAAACUUACGUGCUGUCCUACAUGUCGUGGCCCAUUGGGAUCUAUUCGUAACUUAGCAAUGGAAAAGGUUGCCAACACUGUACUGUUCCCAUGCAAAUAUGCCUCAUCAGGAUGUGAGGAAACUUUACCACACACAGAUAAAGCAGAACAUGAAGAGCUGUGUGAGUUCAGGCCUUACUCGUGCCCUUGCCCUGGAGCAUCUUGUAAAUGGCAAGGUUCUCUAGAUGCUGUAAUGCCUCACUUGAUGCAUCAGCACAAGUCUAUUACAACUUUGCAGGGGGAAGAUAUUGUUUUUCUUGCCACAGACAUUAACCUUCCUGGAGCUGUUGACUGGGUUAUGAUGCAGUCUUGUUUUGGUUUCCAUUUUAUGCUGGUUUUAGAGAAACAGGAAAAGUAUGAUGGUCAUCAGCAGUUUUUUGCAAUUGUUCAACUGAUUGGAACACGAAAACAAGCAGAAAACUUUGCUUAUCGACUUGAACUUAAUGGUCAUAGGCGGAGGUUAACUUGGGAAGCCACUCCUCGAUCUAUUCAUGAGGGGAUAGCCACAGCUAUAAUGAACAGUGACUGUCUUGUUUUUGAUACAAGCAUUGCACAGUUAUUUGCUGAAAAUGGAAAUUUAGGCAUUAAUGUAACUAUAUCUAUGUGCUGAAUUAAUGAAUGUUUCAUAGUAAGUGUUUUAAAUUGUUAUGUUAUUUCCAAAAAAAGCUGCCAGAAUAUACAGACAUCUUAUCAGUUGACACUUUUGGCAUUUGAAAGUUAACGUAAGGGUUGUACUUAUGGACUGGUUGCAUGUGGUAACACUAAUGUAUUUAAAAGAAAACUGCAGUAAUCCACUGGCAUUGCAUACACAGGGUGGGGUCUUGUUAAAAAAAAAAUAGCUGUGGUUCCACACAAUUGUUAAAAAAAAAGAAAAAAAAACCCUGAAUAAAUUGUUUUGUAAAUUGAUUGUAUUGUUAAAAAUUUGUCUUUUUUUUUUUUUUUUUUUUCAUUUUGACUGACUGUUUGCAUUGCUGCUUCCCCUGGUAAGUCACUACAUAGUAUUGCUGCUGUGUUUUUUCUGUGUAUUGCUAAUUUUUAUUAACAUAGUUUUUCAUUAAAUAAAAUGUAUGUUUUCUUUAGUUAUGUCUUAAGUAUUUUUAACUGUAAUUAAACGGUUUCUACUUUUUAAAUUAAA